ACAUCUCAAACCAGUUCAGAUGUGUCUGUUUCCUCACGUUGCAGGUCUAUGGAAAUGCAGGAUCUAACCAGCUCGCAUAGCCGUCUGAGUGGUAGUAGUGAAUCCCCCAGUGGGCCCAAACUCGAUAAUUCUCAUAUAAAUAGUAAUUCCAUGACUCCCAAUGGCACCGAAGUUAAAACAGAGCCAAUGAGCAGCAGUGAAAUUGCUUCAACCACAGCAGACGGGUCUUUAGACAAUUUCUCAGGUUCAGCAAUCGGGAGCAGCAGCUUCAGCCCAAGGGCAGCUCACCAGUUCUCUCCACCACAGAUUUAUCCUUCCAACAGACCAUACCCACAUAUUCUCCCUACCCCUUCCUCACAAACUAUGGCUGCAUAUGGGCAAACACAGUUUACCACAGGAAUGCAGCAAGCCACAGCCUACGCCACGUAUCCACAGCCAGGACAGCCGUACGGAAUUUCCUCCUAUGGUACAUUGUGGGCAGGCAUCAAGACGGAAGGUGGACUGUCACAAUCUCAGUCAUCUGGACAGACGGGAUUUCUCAGCUAUGGCUCAAGCUUUGGUACCCCGCAACCUGGACAGGCACCAUACAGCUACCAGAUGCAAGGUAGUAGCUUUACAACAUCGUCAGGAUUAUACACAGGAAAUAAUUCACUCACAAAUUCCUCCGGAUUUAACAGUUCUCAGCAGGACUAUCCAGCUUAUUCUAGUUUUGCCCAGGGUCAGUAUGCACAGUAUUAUAACAGCUCACCAUACCCAGCUCAUUACAUGACAAGCAGUAACACCAGCCCAACCACACCAUCCACCAAUGCCACCUACCAACUCCAAGAACCACCAUCUGGCAUCACGAGUCAAGCAGUUACGGACCCCACAGCAGAGUACAGUACAAUCCACAGCCCAUCAACACCCAUUAAAGAUUCAGAUUCUGAUCGAUUACGUCGAGGUUCAGAUGGGAAAUCACGUGGACGAGGCAGAAGAAACAAUAAUCCUUCACCUCCUCCAGAUUCUGAUCUUGAGAGAGUGUUCAUCUGGGACUUGGAUGAGACAAUCAUCGUUUUCCAUUCCUUGCUGACAGGAUCCUAUGCCAACAGAUAUGGGAGGGAUCCACCCACUUCUGUUUCCCUUGGACUGCGAAUGGAAGAAAUGAUUUUCAAUUUGGCGGACACACAUUUGUUUUUCAAUGACUUAGAAGAAUGUGACCAAGUUCAUAUAGAUGAUGUUUCUUCAGAUGACAAUGGACAAGAUCUAAGCACAUAUAACUUUGGAACCGACGGCUUUCCUGCUGCAGCCACCAGUGCUAAUUUAUGUCUGGCAACUGGGGUCCGGGGUGGCGUGGACUGGAUGAGAAAGCUGGCUUUCCGCUAUAGACGAGUAAAAGAGAUCUACAACAAUUACAAGAACAAUGUGGGAGGUCUGCUGGGCCCAGCUAAGAGGGAAGCCUGGCUUCAGCUGAGAGCUGAGAUUGAAGCGCUGACCGACUCCUGGCUGACCCUGGCCCUGAAAGCCCUCUCCCUCAUUCACUCCCGGACGAACUGUGUGAAUAUUUUAGUAACUACUACUCAGCUUAUCCCAGCCUUGGCGAAAGUCCUGUUAUAUGGAUUAGGAGUUGUAUUUCCAAUAGAAAAUAUUUACAGUGCAACGAAAAUAGGAAAGGAAAGCUGUUUUGAGAGGAUAAUUCAAAGAUUUGGAAGAAAAGUGGUAUAUGUUGUGAUAGGAGAUGGUGUAGAAGAAGAACAAGGAGCAAAAAAGCACGCUAUGCCCUUCUGGAGGGUCUCCAGUCACUCGGAUCUCAUGGCCUUACAUCAUGCCUUGGAACUGGAGUACCUGUAACAGCCACAUGACACUUUGAAACUGCACAACUGCCCCAUGACCAGGGACAAAUCCAACAGGCCUGAGUCUUGUGUCAGCGCUGGACUCCAGAACUUAGUGAUUUCAACAUAUGGAUGUGCAGCUGCUGCUGGUCUUGACCUCUGCCCUCCUGGUUAAUGGAGGAACACGUCUAUUUCUUCAGAACAGCUGUUGACUCGAGUACUGUGAAUCCAAUGAAAAUAAGCCAUGAGAAUGUUCUAGCACAGCGUACUGUGUCUUUGCCACACUAACUCCUGGUUCAAACCUGUGAAGAAAGGACCUGCAGACACUUCAGUUUUAGCAUUUUCAAUGUGACAGAAACAGCUUCUCCAAUACAGCAGACUUGAUUGCACAACAAAGACUGACUUGUGUUUCCUGAAUACCAGUGGAAGAAUUUCUCUCACAAAGGAGGUUUUGCGUUUACGUUUUUGGUGUCUCAUUCCCCGGGUAAUCUGUACAUCUCUACUUAUUUAUGAACAGACUUGUCUUCAAAACAGAGUUGCUGAGGUAUAAUUCUCAUUAUCAUACAGGUUUCCCACACAGUCUAUUUUCUUUUUGGCAUCAACAGUGAUCGAAGGGACAUAAUGUUAAGAAAUAAAGGAUUAAAGGCUUUUGCCCAAGUACAUGGCAAGUACUUUGAAUUUUAGCACAUUGCAAAGUAAAGUAUGUCUAAUUUAAACGUAUAAUAUGUACAUCACUGAGACAAUCAUGUACAGAAAGAAUUUUUGGUGUAAAUUUGUAAUAAUGGAUGAUCUUUUACAUAUUAUUUAGGGAAAUGAUAUUGAGAGGUAGUAAUGCCUUGAUAGUGAACCUUGAGACACUAUGUGCACAGACUUGUGUGCAAGUGCCUUAGCUAAGUAUUGGGUAUAAAUAUGUAGAUAAUGGACUUUUUUUUGAUGUUGUCAAGACCAAAAAGCAUGGAUGUCAAGUGUCAAUAAGGAUUUUGUUUUCCAAAUCUUUCCCUCCCCACUCAGUUCUUCUAUCUGAGAUCUUUAAUGCUGUUAGGAGGACCUUAAUAAAAUAACAGAGCAGUUUCUUAACUCAAAUUAAAGUCCUCUUACCACCUCAUUUUCUCUUUUUAACACUCAUGUAUUAUAUGUAACUACUUGGAAAAUGAUUAUUCAAAUGCUUCAUCCCACAGAAAGAAUAUAGAUGAUAGAUAUAUUUUAUUAAUAAAAUGAAUUGGAGACUAGCAGAGUUUUCAUGUGCUCAGAAUUAUUAUUGUGUCUGCAUUUUGUUUAUUUAGAUAAAGGAGGACAUUAUCUGGAAAUCAGCAAAACUUUUUCAUUUCCCUUACAUAUUCUGUUUUCCUCCCUACCCAGAGACAAAUUAAUUGCCAAUAGUGGACAUGGCUUUGGUCAUCACUACCAAAUAAAACCAAUACUCCUCCCUUAUGUAUUACAUGACAAGCAUAAAUUGAGGAAAUAAGAAUUGUCACUUUUGUCACACCAUAGGAAAGUUUCUCCAAAAGUGAUUUCUAUGGAAAUAGAAAUCUCAUCUAAAACUUUCCAUUACCAUGAAAUCACUUUUUGGAUAAAUUUUCUUUAUUAUUAUAUUGAGGAGAGGGGAGGGAGGAGUCACCAGCUUUGACUCAGAGUAAACAAUGACUCCAUCUUUUUAUUCCCCUCAAGUUUCAUGUUGCUGCUAGAAUUCAACAUUUGUGAAUUUUCCAAAUUGUUUAAGAAUUGAAUUAAGAUUUCUUUUCUGCUUGAAGUUGAAUUUUUUUACCCUUUUCAUCUUACUUUUAUUGUACACUGCAGACUGAAAAUACAAAAUUGAUCUUGGCCUCACUGUAAAAAAAAGAAAAAAGAAAAAAAAAGUGUGUUGUGUCCGCAAUUGUGUACAGAA